AUGGCUCUGCGACAAGGUGGCCGCGCGACAAGGUGGGCGUGUCCCACAUUUAACUAUUCUUUCACAGCUCCACACUCAAUGAUGGCUGCACUGGGCCCUUUCAUGGGUUUUCCAACCAGUGCAUUUUAUGCUGGAAUACCCUCAACAGGUAAUCAACUUGCCCAUCAUGCUCAAAGUCUUAUGUACGGACAUUAUGGAAAUACUUCAUAUGGGCAACAACAACAAAUGCAGCAAAUGAUGAUGGCUGUUGCAAGGCACACCAAUAACCAACAGCAACAAUAUAACAAUAAUACUCGAGGACGCCAACACACUCAAACAAAUUUAUCUUCAAAUAUAACAACAUCAUCUACUAUUAAUUUACCUAUUUUUAAUAGUUUAGCCUUAACAACAACAUCGUCUUCGGCUACUUCUGCCACGUCUUCCUCUGUUUUCCCUCUUUCUGGAUUCUCUCAUUUAUCCUCCAUAAAUCCAAACGAACGUAGAAAACAACGCCGAAUCCGUACAACAUUUAGUUCUGCACAAUUACAACAAUUGGAAUGUAGUUUUGCAGAAACACAUUAUCCAGAUAUUUAUAUGCGUGAAGAAUUGGCUUUAAGGAUUGAAUUGACUGAAGCUAGAGUUCAAGUUUGGUUUCAGAAUAGAAGAGCAAAGUGGCGAAAACACGAAAAACAACGAAAAUUAAAAGAGGAGGAAGACGAGACUUCUGCAACAAUUAAUAUAAUUAAUGGAUUGACUUGUAGCAGUGAAAAUAAUAAUGUUUUGUGUUCAACAAGUAAUAAUAAUUUUGCUGAAGGAAUUGAAGCAAAUUGGAAGAGAGGAUAAAAAUUAAUAUUUUUUUGGGGAAGAAAAAA